AUGGAGAAGGAAGGGGUUUGGAUAAACUUGAGAGACGAAGACUUAGCCGAGGAAACAAAGGCUCUAAUCUCUUCACUUCCUUCUUCAGAGAAACUGUACCUUGGUCGUACACUCUCCAAGUACCAAGGUUCUUGGUAUUACGGCAACUUUCUCCAAGGUGUUCUCAAUUUCCAGAAAGGUUUCAAGCCUGAAGACACCGAUGUCAUCGUCGCGUCCUUCCCCAAAUGCGGUACCUUAUGGCUCAAGGCACUCACUGUCGCACUCUUUGAGAGAUCAAAGAACCGUUCUUCUGAUGAUCCUAUGAGCCAUCAUCCACUUUUAUCCAAUAAUCCUCACAACCUCGUACCGGUCCUAGAGAUGAAUCUUUACCGCGACACCCAAACUCCGGACUUGACCAAGCUCUCUUCAUCUUCUCCAAGGCUGUUCUCUACUCACACGCCUUUCCAUACACUGCAAGAAGCUGUCAACGACUCUCCUUGCAAGAUAGUGUACAUUUGCAGGGAUGCAAAGGAUUCUCUGGUGUCACGUUGGCAUAUCGUUUGCCGUUGUCUGAACAAAGAAGAGGACAAAAGCAUUCUUGAGUCUAUGUUCGAGUCCUUUUGCACCGGGGUUUUCUUAUUUGGUCCGUACUGGGAUCAUAUCUUGAGUUACUGGAAAGCUAGUUUGGAGAACCCAAAGCAAGUGCUGUUUAUGAAGUACGAUGAAGUGAAAACGGAUCCUCAUGGUCAGCUCAAGAAACUUGCUGAGUUCUUGGGUUGUCCCUUCUCUGAGGAAGAAGAAAAGAAUGGAUCUUUGGAUGAGAUCUUGGAGAUGUGUUCUCUGCGUAAUCUUGGAAGCUUGGAGGUUAACAAGACUGGAAAAUCAAUCAAUGGCAUAGAUUACAAGAUCCAUUUCCGCAAAGGGAUAGUCGGUGAUUGGAAGAAUCAUCUAACUCCGGAAAUGGGGAACAAGAUCGACAUGAUCAUGGAGGAGAAACUCAAAGGUUCCGGUUUGAAAUUUUUAAGUUCUUGUUUUAUAAUGUAUUGCAAUAAUAAAAAACUUUGA